AUGACUGCCUGCCUGCUCAAGCCCGACGGCGGCGCCUACGCCUGGCGCGGCGUGCACCUCGACCCGUCGCGACACUUCCUCCCCCUCGACGACGUGAAGCGCAUGAUCGAGGCGCUGGCGCUGCUGCGGAUGAACGUGCUGCACUUCCAUCUAUCCGACGACCAGGGUUGGCGCUUCGAGAGCAAGAAGUGGCCGCGACUGACCUCAGUCGCGUCGCAGCGCAAGCAGACCGUCGUGGGUCGCCCAGGCAACUAUGGGCGUGGUGACUUGCAUCCGAAAAACUAUCUCAACAAGUACGACGGGAAGCAGCACGGCGGAUUUUACACGCAGGAUGAACUGCGCGACCUGAACACCUUCGCAAAGUCUAAGGGCGUCACGAUCGUACCCGAAAUCGACAUGCCGGGACACAUGAAGGCGGCAAGAGCAGCGUACCCCGAGCUCGGGUACAAUGGUACGCUUCUCAACGUAGGCGACAGCUGGGGCGUGUACCCCGAGGUGCUGCGCGUGGACGACCCCGGGCUGCAGUUCGCCAAGGACAUUCUCACGGAGAUCUGCGACGUUUUCGACUCUCCCUACAUCCACAUCGGCGGCGACGAGUGUCCCAAGGUCGAGUGGGCCGAGGCGCCGACAGCCCGCAAGCAGGUCAAGAAGCUCGGCCUCGAUCCUGACAAUCUCAACAGCUAUCACGAGCUGCAAGCCGCGUUCACACGCGAGCUGGCCAAGUUCCUGGCCAGCAAGGGCCGCAAGCUUGUCGGUUGGGACGAGAUUCUGGACGGAGGCAAGCUCGACGGCGUCGCGGUCAUGGCGUGGCGGGACUGGAACGACGCGGCGAGGCGCGCAACCGACGCGGGCGUGCCCGUAAUCCAAACGCCGAACCUGCUCUACUUUGACUAUGCGCAAGGCGAUGAGAAGUCUGAGCCGCUCUCGAUUGGGCGCGGCGCGUCGCUCAAGGACGUGUACGCGUUCAAUCCCCUCAAGGGCGUCGACAAGGACAAGGCUGGCCUCGUGCUCGGCGCCCAGGCCCAGCUCUGGUCCGAGUACAUCCCCGACGCGAAGCAGCUGUGGUACAUGGCCUUCCCGCGCCUGAUUGCGCUCGCAGAUGUCACGUACUAUGGCGAGAAACGCGUCAGCUACGACGAGUUCCUGAAAAAGCUGCCUGAGCGCGUCAAGGAGCUCGAGAAGCUCGGUAUAGUGGGCCAUCCCCUCCCGGCCGAAGCAUAG